UUUGAAUCGUGCACUCACUCUCUCUCUCUCUCUCUCUCUGGCUGUGCACUUUCUCUCUCCACACUUUUUUCCUUUUACAUUUCUUGGAUCUUUAGGAUUCCUGUAGUUGUUGCAGUUCCAUUCCCAAUCCCAAACCUCUCCAUCGUUUUCAACAAAUCGCAUCCCUUAAGAAUCCCAGGAGGAAAAUGAAGAAGUUCGUCUUGAAAUUGGAUUUACAUGAUGACAAGGACAAGAGGAAGGCCCUGAAGACAGUCUCUAGUCUUGGAGGAAUCGAUUCUAUCUCCAUUGACAUGAAAGGCAAAAUGCUGACAGUGAUUGGAACAGUGGACCCUGUUAGUGUUGCGAGCAAAUUGCGCAAAUUUUGGCCUACUGAUAUCGUUGUGGUAGGACCAGCUAAGGAACCCGAGAAGAAAGAGGAGAAGAAAGAGGAGGGGAAGAAGGAAGAACCCAAGAAAGAGGAGGCUAAGAAAGAGGAGCCCAAGAAGGAGGAGGCUAAGAAGGAGGAGGCAAAGAAGGAGGAGCCAAAAAAGGAAGAGGCCAAGAAGGAAGAAGAGAAGAAGAAGGAACCAGAACCAAUGAUGGGAAUCAUGCCUUACAGGCCUUACUAUCCUCCCAUGCAAUACAGGCCAUACUAUCCUCCGCCAAGCACAUACUACUAUGUCAACCAGGGCGUGGAAGAGAAUCCAAGUGCGUGCACCAUCUUCUAAUGCGGUAAGAUAUCAUAUCCUGGACGUUCUGUUAGUUGUUGCUGUUGAUGCAAAUGCGAGGACAUAUCCAAGAACAGAGAAGAUGCUGUAUAUAGUUGGUGGUGUGUAGAGACAAGUAAUAAGUUUUGGUAAAUAUUGUCAAUGCUUAGCUUGGUGACAAUGUUAUUAUUAUAAAUCGAUGCCCUAUAGUUCUCUUCAGAACCAGACAAUAUAUGGAGAUAAAUAAAGAAGCUUUGGUAAUUAUUCUCAA